CGGGGAGGGCAGUAGAAAGGUGAUCAAUCUUCAUCAGGCUACAUUUCCAAUCACCUAAACAACCGAGCAAGACAGCCACUUCGACAAGGUUUACGGCCAGAGGCCCGGGCUCUUCUCUCUCAUGCGCCUGAAUUACCUGGUUAUCCGCCCCAGAAGCUGAGUGCAGAGGCCCUGGGCCCACGAACCUAUCGGAGCCUCUCCUGACAUUUGGAACUUCGCUGUGAGAUUCUCCAGCCGGUGACUGGCCCCCACUGGAUCCUUCGGGGCCCCACUAUCCGGCUGUUAGCAUGAUGUCUUACCUCAAACAACCCCCCUACGGCAUGAAUGGGCUGGGCCUCGCAGGGCCAGCCAUGGAUCUGCUGCAUCCGUCAGUGGGAUAUCCGGCUACCCCUCGGAAGCAGCGACGAGAAAGAACCACCUUCACACGUUCACAGCUGGAUGUACUGGAGGCACUUUUUGCCAAGACUAGAUAUCCAGACAUUUUCAUGAGAGAGGAGGUGGCCCUUAAGAUCAACUUACCAGAGUCCAGAGUCCAGGUAUGGUUCAAAAACCGGCGGGCUAAAUGCCGACAGCAGCAGCAGAGUGGAAGUGGGGCCAAAAGCCGCCCAACUAAGAAAAAGUCUUCACCUGCUCGUGAGAGCUCAGGUUCGGAAAGCAGCGGCCAGUUCACACCACCUGCUGUGUCUAGUUCUGCCUCAUCCUCCAGCUCUGCUUCUAACUCAUCUGGAAACCCUGCAGCAGCAGUAGCAGCCCUGGGAGGAAACCCUGCAGCAGUGGCCGCAGCAGCUGCAGCUUCGUCCCUGAGCACUCCUGCUGCCUCCUCCAUCUGGAGCCCUGCCUCUAUCUCCCCAGGCUCAGGUCCCUCCUCUGUCUCUGUUCCAGAACCUUUGCCAGCACCCAGCAACACAUCCUGUAUGCAACGCUCUGUGGCCGCAGGAGCGGCUUCAGCUGCAGCUGCUUCCUAUCCUAUGUCGUAUGGUCAAGGUGGUGGCUACAGCCAAGGUUACCCUGCGCCUUCCUCUUCUUACUUCGGUGGUGUGGACUGCAGCUCCUACCUGGCACCGAUGCACUCACACCAUCACCCGCAUCAGCUUAGCCCCAUGACCCCUUCAUCCAUGUCUGGUCAUCACCACCACCACCACCCUCACCACCCAUUAAGCCAGUCUUCCAGUCAUCACCAUCACCACCACCAUCACCACCACCAGGGUUAUGGCAGCACGGGGCUUGCCUUUAACUCCUCAGAAUGCCUAGAUUACAAGGAACCUGGGGCCACUGCAGCCUCUUCAGCCUGGAAAAUCAACUUCAAUUCCCCCGACUGUCUGGACUAUAAGGACCAGGCCUCUUGGAGGUUCCAAGUCUUGUGAGAGAGAGAGAGAGAGAGACAGAGAGAGAGGGAGAGGGAGACUGAGUGAGAGAGAAGACCGGUGAAGAAGAAAGAGUAAAUUAUUUGCCAAUUCUACCAUCUCCCUUCCAGCCCUGCUACUGCUGUUCCUCCUUUCUUUGACCUCUCCAAAACGCUAUGCUCCAUUGUUCCAAAAAGAUCCCCAUGCUCUUCGUUGUCCUCCCCCUCCCCCUUUGACUCUGGAUGCCACCUGCCUCACAGGGAUGUUUAAACUUGCAGCUCUUGCGAGAAGGGACACCUGUCUCCACCAUGCUCACCUGUAACCUGCUGGGCAGGAAUUGCUGUUGCCCCUUACGCUCCUGCUAUGUCCCUAAAUCUCCCUUCCAUUCUUUCUGGCCGUGCAACUACAUACUCCCAGACUUCCAAGACUAUUGGUCCUGACCCACUGCUUGAACCCAAUCAGUUUAUUUAUUGUGUCUGGACACUGGGAUUAUAAACUGGUGCUUCUACAGUACGAAGAGGAUUUAGCAGCCACUCCAGCCAAACACCACCACCAACGAAAGUGCAUAGGGGACACAAACUUCCCUGCAACUGCCCUCUCCUACUCUGUUCCCAGACUGCUGGCUACUCCCUCCCUCUACUUUACUUCUCUACUCUGCCCGGGCUUGUGAAUUCGAGUUAAGGGCCUGGGAGCCUGGACGUUUUGGGACUAAGUCAGUGGCUGUAUCUAGUCAAAGUGGUAAAGCCCCGCCUCCCCCUGCCCCUCCCUUCCUCUGGCCAGCGGCUCUGGUUUGGGAUUCUGCCGCAGCAGAGCGGUGGGAAUGGUGUAAAUAUUCAGGUCCGUUCCGGGGACCACUUAUUCUUUUUAGUUGCUGUUUAUUGAAUUGAACCUAUCUUGAGUCUUAACACCCAGGAAACAGAUCUUUAAGAUAUAUACUGCAUAUAUAUAAAUAUAAAUAUAAAUAUAUAUAUAAAAGGAAAGCAAAAAAAAAAAAUCCCUGUUACCUCCCUUCCUCUUCCCCAAAUGGUGAUGCUUUCAAGUGUCCAGUUAUUACAAUACUAUCUUACUCCCUCCCUUUCUACCCUUUGGUGUAUUUAUUAAAAGAGAAUCAAUGGUCCCAGGGAAGCAGGAUGGGGCGGAGCUUGAGGUCCAGAUGGUGAGGGGAAAAGUGAUCUAAGUUUUGGGAGCUCAGACGGGUGGAAAGAUCGGAGGGGAAGAAAAGACAGAGGACAGCGGGUUGGAUGGGAAGACCUCAGCUAAGGUGAGGCUCCCGGUCCCAGGUUAAAGACCAAAAACUAAAAACCAAACCAAAAAAAAAAAGAAAAAGAAACCCGACAAGGAAAAAAAAAGAAAAAAGACCAGAACCAAAACCUCAGUUCCGAUUCAUCUCUCUCUCUUUUAGAAAACUGUUUUGUCUAGUGAGUUUUAGUGCACCUUCAUUUCUAUAAAGAUCUGGCCAAGAGCACUCGGCGCCUGUGUUAUCAGUUAUGGUCUUGGCCGCUUGUCCCAUAGCAGGAAAAGAAAAUUGUAAAUUUGAUUUGUCCGACGUGAAGACCACAAAUUACCUGUUGAAAUGUAAGGCAGUUUUACUUCCCCUCCCCUUUAUCUACAUUAUUCCCCAAUAAUAAAAUUCAAACUAAUGAAGCA